UCGAUUUUGGUAUAUAACUAGCCCCUGUGACAAUAUGUCCAUUAUAGUACAGUACUUCGACAAUAUGUACAACGUAAUUUUGUUCGCGACGACUUUGCUGUUUGCUGUUGCUUUGACCACCGCAGCAGCUGAGUACCCAUGGCAGUCACAAGAGGGCAAACACUUGGUACACGACCAAGUAGAAGGCUGGAACCCAGAGACAGUAGCAGUAGGCAUGCAAGAUCUUCCCAGGAACGUAGUACAUGACAGGGUGCGUAGACAGAUGCCCCCGAUGCCAGAGGUACCUUCCCCGCCCCAGGGGAUGCCAGCCCCGCCUCAGCCCCCACAGGGAAUGCCGUCCCCGCCUGGAAUGCCUUCAUAGAGAUCACAAUGUAGGCUACUAGUAGUUGAUAGGCAUAAUACAAUCAAAACUAUCUCUUCUUGUUAAAAUUGUUGUGAAGAGCUGAAAAUCAAAUAAAUUGUAAAUCAAA